AUGAGCCGUGGCCCCAAACCAUCACCAUUGCCCUCUUCUCGCCCAGUUACAUUGCCGCACCAACUUUUGGCGUUUUCACACGGACCACACACGAACUCACAUCCUCUUCAGGCUUCCCCAACCUCGCCUUUAAACUGGUUUACAUGCUCUCCAUCUAUAUCUUCUUUGUUUAACCCUGGCUCCAUCGCUGUCUCAUCAACUUCUUCCUCAUCUUCUAGUUCGUGUCUAUCAGCAAAGCCUGGUACCCUCACUUCUAUUUCUCCCGAUCGACUGCCUGCGAUUUCCCCAAAAUCUAAUAAGAGUUCGACUCAUCAUGCUCAACAGAUAAUCUCUUCUGUUACAUCCUGUCAGACGGCUCGAUUAGGACUAAAUGGUAAUGAAAACAUCAGCGUUAACGAGGAUGACGAUAGUCGCUCUCACCGCUACUGCUUGCGUCCCCUUCCAUGUUGCAAGCAGGGCGGUAUGCCAUCUUUAGAGAGUACCGGGGUGAUAGCUUCUGAAACUGCAGAAAAGUCGGGACUUGGUGAAACUGACUAUCUAUUCUGGCACUUGCUAUCGUCUGCAGAAAGCCGAGGCCAGGAGAACCGUCCGACGUCACUCCCCUCCGGCAGGGUGGAAGUGGAUGAGGCAAAGGGUGAGGAAGAGUUAGCUGUGGAGAAGAUGGGAGGGGAUCAGAAAACUGCUGACUCUGCUAUGGCUAAUUAUUCUACUGGAGACAGAAGACGUUUGGGCUCCGGGGAUAACCCUAACCCUGAUAAACUAGUAAAUGGUUUAGAAGUAAAAAGGACUUGGAGAGAAAGUGGAUCAAACAAGGGUACAGCUACAGCCGGCUCUGUGAGGCAAGGUGCUCUAGUGGAUUGUGAUGUAAACGAGAAUGGAUUCAAACAGCCGGAUGAGGAGAAUAAUAAGAAAAUGGAGGAUAAAGAAGAUGAUUCUGGAGGUGACCAAAGUGUCUGUGAUUCUAGAUGCGAAGGCAGAGGAAUACCUACGUCACGACUUUCUUGGGAGGCACCAAUUGGGAUGCCGGAGAACCCGAGCACUCGGCGGUUCACUGGCAAGCGCAAGUGA